AGUUAGAUUGACAAAAUGUAUUGCAGAGGUUUGUCACAGCAACCAAAGAAUUUCAUGAAAAUUUUUUUAAUCAGGUAAAUUUGUAGUCCACACCCUCACAACAAGGCUUGCCUCGCGACGGCCCUGACCCUCUACUUUCAAGUUAGGGGUCUGGAACACAGGCAACCAAUGAAUAGAACCCCAUCAAUUAAAAACUGACGAAGUUGGACGUGUUCAACUUCUUCAGUCAAAAACUGACGUUCAUUAAUACAUCAGUUUUUGUCAGUUUUUGCUAAAUAUACGAUCAAUUUUUGACUGAAAACUGUCAGUGAAAAACGAUAAAAACUGAUCGUGUAUUUCAGGCUUAAGUCCUUAAUCUUAUUUCUUUUCUUCUACAACUCAGCUUGUUAUUGUCCUCUUUAUUUCACCUGCUCUUGCAACGGUCCUCCAUACACACAAUCAUCCUAAUAGAAAUGAAAAAUGCCAGUCAACAUCUGUAUGGAAAAUCGUAAGCGAAAAGGGGGAUUCUAAGAAGGGGAAUGACUUUUUUGUCCCUGCCAAUAAAGUUUUAAUCCAUUUAAUGAGACAAAUAUCUUUAGGUUCUCUAUGUUGUGUUGUCGGUUUCAUUGAAUUAUCAUUUUCUCGAAACAGAAUCUAUGAUAUGUGGAUAGCAAACAGUGUUUAAUCGUGUGAGUAGCUUGCAAAAAGGAAAAUGUCUGUUCAGAGAGGUGUGUAGUGCUAGGGGCCUAGGGCCUAAGGGGGCAGCCCCCCUUUUUGAUGCCGGAAAUUGACAAGUUUCUACUUUUGCUAUUGCUUUUUACAACGUGUAUGCAAGGGCCCCCGUUGUUAUUUUGAGGCACAGGCACUACACCACCGUGUUCAGCCCACAAGCCAAAACCACUUGCUGGUUUAAAGAUCCUAAAUUGUCUCAAGUGGUUCACUACGAACUUAGAUUAUUGAGGUAGUCAGAAUGCUAUUUGGGUUCUGUGGAAACAAAACCAGACCAGGCCAGUUUACAAUGACGCUUGUCAGAUUCAGGUUACUGUUGUACAGGAUCUAUUCUUCGGUGUCAAUUGAAAGGGCCCAAUAAACCAGAUGCAAAGAUUCAAAAGAUUCGAUUCUUCAUAACAGGAAGCCAAGUUCAAGAAUAUGUUCGACCCCCCCCCUUAAAGCAUAUGUUCGACCCCUCCCCCUUAAAAGCAUAUCCUAACCCCCCUUUUCUUUAGGCGGAACUGAAAAUGUUCCAGCUCCUGCUGUUGCAUGUCGGUUAUAUAUUUUCAGUCUUGCUUCUCCUAACCCUUCCUUCUUUACUACCUUAAAAUCCGUGUUUCAGUCGAAAAAAUGCCACGAAUGGACCACUGCAGGGCCUCUGAAGAAGGGGGGCCGGGGGCAUGGCCCCCUUUUUUUGCAAAACAAGCUUUUUUAAACAUCAUAACAAAAAUUCUUUUGUUAUGAUUGUUAAAAUCUUCCUUGGCCCCCCCCUCCCACUUUCCAACCUGCGUCGGAGCCCAUGGACUGUUUAUUUACCAAUGUGAGAUACACACUGCCAAGACUCACAUAGUUAGUCCAUUGUUCAAAAUUUGCCGCGGGAAGAAGCAAAGCAACCAAAGCUAUUCCAGCGGUCCAGCAAGGCGUUUGACUAGUAAUUCUCUCGAGUAAAUUAUCGAAAAUGGCGUACCAGCAGGAAAGGCCAAGACGAAAGAAGUCCGUUUUUCAAGCAAUCGAAGUUUUAAGUAAUGCUGGAUUCGAAAUGGAAGAGCAAAGAAACGACAGAAGAAGUGAAAAUGUAAAUCCACAUCAUGGAAAAGUAGGAUUUGAACAUUUUGGAGAGCCACAUUCUAGAAAACAGUCCUCUAUUGAUGAUAUCAAGCAGCAGAUAUCUAGAACCAUUGCACUCAACGUCGUUAACCAAUGGAAGGAAUAUUGUUCUGAGCGGAGAGCUGAGAAGAACAAAACAGCUGUUUAUCGUAAAGGACCAGCACCCAUUGAGGACAGUGAGAGCCUGAAAAAAGCAAUAAACAAAUCAACUUACGGAACUCUUGACAGUGACGUCGAGGAACUUGAAUUCGAGGAAAAUCGAGUAAAAAACGGCGGUGUUGGAACCUUAGGCCGUGGGAAGAAAUCGGGCAAGAAAGGGUUCGGUGGCUCUUCCCUUGCCAGUUGUCGAGCCUUGAUAGUAUAUUUUUCAAAGUUAGCAAAAACAAGAGAUGAAGAGGAGCUAAUAGACUUAAAUUUUGUAGAAUCUCUGUUGCAAAGUGGGGCUGAUAUCAAUUUUUCUGACCAACAUGGCCAAACAAUUAUGCAUGAAAUUGCCAGAGCAUGGCACCCCGACGUUGCUAAAUUUGCCAUCCAAAAUAAUGCAGACGUAAAUAAAGCGGAUUUGUUUGGCAGAACUCCGCUGCAUUUGGCUGCAGCGGUAGAUUACGAUGAAAUGGUGGAGUUUCUUGUUCAAAGAGGGGCUGACAUGAACGCUAUAACUAAGGGUGAAAAUCAAACUCCGAUGCAUUAUGCUGCAAAGAACAAUGCCACGUCUACACUCAAAACGCUGCUUAAUCUUGGAGCAUUCAUCAAUGCAAGAGAUUACAAGAUGCGCACCCCGUUAUUCGUUGCUGCCGAAUCCGCGCGUUCUGAAGCUGCGAGAUUUCUCAUCGAACAUGGCGCACCAGUUGGCGUUUAUGAUGACAGCGGCACGCCUUGCCUCUCUCUCAUGAUCGAGAAGAUGCCACACAUCGCAAUUGAGGCUGUGGAACAGUUUCACAACAUCGACAGAGCUUUUAGAAAGCAUUUCUUUUACUUGAAUUAUUUGGAAAAAGAUUAUAAAUAUUUGGACGAUCCAGAGCCGAAGACAAAUCGUGAAAAGCGCGAAAAGAAAGAAAAGGAAAAAGAGGAAAAGCGAAUUAUGAAAGAAAAGGGAAUGAAGAAGCCCAAAAAGGAGAAAACGUUUGCGAAAGUACCAAUCGAGGUCAUACUUCAGUACAACCAACUAGAUUUGAUAAUGCACCCCGUCUUCCAGAAACUUUUAGACGUAAAAUGGAACCUGUUCGGUAAAUGGGGCACCUUCGGUCUCGUCGCUAUCAAUUUGUUCUACACGUUAAUCUGGACCGUACUCGGUAUCUUUUUACCCCGGCACGGAGAGAAAUAUUAUAGUCCAAUAUCGGAAACCUGGUGGAGACUGGUAUUGGAAGUCUUUGGCGUGUUAAUGACAGUAUACUUCAUUUUUUCGGAAAUAAGACAAGUUCGACAGGAGGAGCGGAACUACAACCAAUGGCGGCAAUGGCGAACAAGGCAAGUUGAAAGGGAUAUUGAUUAUUGUCACCCCCGGUGGCCUGAGGAAAAAAAGUACCUUGAUUCUGAGCUGCAGCAGAUAAGGACUUAUCAACGAACGUACUUUCGCGAUCCGUGGAAUAUAUUUGAGUGGAUAACUUACGGUGUAGUUCUUACGCUUGUUAUAACAAGAAUGAUGGCUGUCUUCUCGAGUAAUAAGACGGCGGAACAGAUUCAUCCUGGUGCCUACGCGAUGGGGCUUAUUGUAAUUUGGCUGCGUUUUAUGAGAUCUUGUCGCGCUUUUAGAAGCCUUGGGCCGUUCAUCGCUAUAUUGGGGUCUGUGAUUGCUGAUACGCUGAAAUUCGCCUUUCUCUUCUUUGAAUUCUUUAUUCCGUAUACGGUCGGCUUCUGGAUCCUGUUUGGCGGACCGGUGCAUGGAAAGCAAAUGGGUGAAAACAAAAAGGAUUGGCAAAACUUCAACGACUUGGUGUUUUCUGUGUGGCAGAUGACCCUCAUUGGUGAUUUUAACUGGGAUGGCCUAGUGGCAGUAAAUAGGCUGAUGGCACAGAUGUUAGUUGGCACAUAUUUUGCGUUGACUGGUGUUGUUUGUCUCAACCUCUACAUUGCUUUGUUGUCCGAUACGUUCUCGAGAGUGUAUGCCCAAGCUCAGGCCAACGCUGUCAUGCAGCAAGCCCAACUGGUUCUGCUUGUGGAGAAGUCACUGCCCAAGAAGAAAAAAGUCAAGUUUGGCCACUACAUGAAGAGCGAAUGCGGUCCCUUGGAAGUCUACUCCAGAGAUGAGGGAAAUUCACCCGACGAUCAUGAAAAUGAUAUGUUUGACAAAGUCGUUCGGCAAAUUUGCAAUAGGGUUGACCAGCUUGAAGACAGGUUAAAGGGGGCAGUCGGUCGUUGGAAGAUGGGCGACGAUGGUAGUCGCACAGGCAACGCAACCCCUAGCUGGAGAGGCAGUGGGUUCUUAGGGCCAGGUGGAGGUGGACAUGGUGGUGGACCAGGGGGAGGUGGUCCAGGGGGAGGUGGUCCUGGACAUGGGCCAGGAAAUGAACAGUUGUACCAACUCCUUGACACUCAGAACAAACAGAUGGGAGGUAUCAGGCAGGAGCUCGAAGAGGUGAAGCAACUAAUGUUCAAAAUGAUGAAAAUCUCCCCCAUACCAAGCGCGCCGUCGAAAUCAACAGUGCAAAUGCCAGGAGAGCCAACCAUCGAUGAAAUACGACUUGUACCAUCUUCCAGUCAUAACGUUUCCGAGCAAGAAAGGAGACAGACAUUCCCAAGAAGAAACAGCUCAAAUCAACAAUUUAUUCCACAAGGGAACGUGAACCAACCAUUUAUUCCGCAAGGUAACAACUUCUUUGGAUCACAUCCGCAAAGGACCCCUUCGGAUUCAAGAGAUGGGUAUGGUGACCAACGAGGCAGGUCGGGUCCCAGAGCCCGUAAUAAGCCUGUUAGCAGCAGUAGAGACAGUUUUGCAGAUUCGAAAAGCGGUUAUAUGACUGAGCCUGACCAAGGCGGGCAAGGAAAAAGGCGUAGAAGGCGCGGCGGCCGAGGCAAGAGAGGCACAUCUGUUGAAGGUGAUUAUGAUAGUGAUAUCAAUAGCACUGUUUCGGAGCAAAUGCCCAUGUUGGAUUUUCAGCAACAGGGGAAAGGUGGGAGACGGCGCGGCAGAGGAGGUAAGCCACUAACGGGUAGCUGGGAAGACAUACGGUCUGAGACAGACGCAUGAAGAAAUACCGCUAGCAAAAUUUCGCUGUUUUGGCCAAGGUGUUGACUAUGAAAUCGACGAUGAUGAGCAAAGCUUUGACUAUAUUAGUGGUAAUGUUGUCAUGAUUAUGUAGAGGAAAACCGAAAGUUUAGGGUAUGAAUUUGUUGUAUUCGAAAUGGGCGUUUCCUCUUUAAUUAGGAAUGGCGGAUUACCUUUACAAACCUACGCUGCAAGAAUUUAAGUACCUUCGAUUUGAUUGAUGGACACUCAUUCAUUUAUAUCUAGAUUUGUUGCUCUCGCUACAAGUUCCUGGAAUGUAAAAAGAGGCUUCUCUUUGUGUUUCUUAUAGACAGGGGUGGAAAAAGUAUUUUGUGUCCCCAAAAACGGAAACCAAAGAGCAUUAGUUUUUAUAGAAAGAUACUAAAACUGCAGGCAGACAUAUAUGACAGUUCUCUGUACUGCUAGUUUGUGGCACAAAAAAUAUUUAUCUUAACUACAAUCCCAGCAAGAAGGAUUUUUUUCCACCCCUGCUUAUAAAAAAAUAUAAAAUAUAGUUUAUGCAUGAACAUCAUGUGCGAUAAGCGAAAUAAGGCUGCAGCUACCCAAUGUUUCAUAUGAGACCCUUAUCUUAUCAGUCAUUUUCCAAAGCCUGCUUUGUGCGUCAAAUUAAUGAAAAAUUUACCCCUGAAAACAAUAUUAGAAACGUACCGUGAAUGGAGAUUCCGCGCGGAGUUUCCGAAGUCUUUACUGGCAUAUCCGAUGGUUUAACCUGUAUAUAAUUUUUUCAAUAGUGUAACGCAAGGCCAAACCAACGCGCCAAUCGAAAUAUCAUUGGGUAACUGUCCUAAGUCGAAUAUCAUGUCAUCUACUUCAAGCACUUUCAGAGUUUAUUAUUAGCUAUUAUUUUUUUAUUAAAAAAAUUAAGAAAAUUUAGAGCCCGUAGAUAAUUUUGUUUUGCAGGUAAUUUUUUCUUCAAAAGUCAGUGUUGGCGCAUUUUCAAGAGAUAACUUUUGAGCUUGAGACAAUUUGAUGCGAGCCUCAUGCUGGAUACGAGGAUGAAAUCUUUGCAAAUAAUAACAUGAUGAAAUCUUUGCAAAAUUUCAUUACAAAGAGAACCUUCUGCAAAAUUUUGACUGUAUUUUGGCAAUGAUUUUAAAUUCUGAUUUGCCUGUGAGGCGUGUCUUCAAAAAUUCUACCUUUGAAAAAUAUUUUCGUCUUAUCCGUCCUGGAAAUCCAACUCGGGGACUAGGGCGAGAAGGUGCUUGUGAAUCAUCAUCCUAGGCCUUAAAUCUAGUGCACAACACAACCGCUUUUGUUUCCUUUGAACAGUGGCUAGCCGCACUGCUAGGCCCAAGGAAAUAAUUUAAUGGAAACAUCCAAAUUGUUGUCAAUGCUACGUAUACCGUAAUGUAACUUUGAUAAUGAUUAUGGAAAAAAGUAUUUGUAGACUAGUGUUUCAGCCGCUGUAGUUUUUUAUUCAAAGAGUGCCAAAAACAUUUGUUAAUUAAUGCAUUUGAUGGCAAUGCGUAGGUCUAGAAUAAUUGCAAGUUUAUUCAACCAGUGUUUUCUGCAAAGAUUCAGCUGAGUUGAACAUAAACCUAUGCAGAUAAUAAUUUUUUGGGUCUAAACCUUGAUAAUCCUCGAUGAACCCAUAUAAUUGAUAAUCGAAGUUAUUUUUAUACCUCCCUUAGGGCCAUUAAAAUUCGGUCAAAUGAUCUAAUUUCAAAAUGGAACAAUUCAUCGUGGGUCUAGAAUUCUCUUUAUCUUCAUUGCCAUCUUGCCUCUCUUCAAUCUUAGUUUGUUUUAUUAUCCUAGAGCACAAUAGUGUAGAAUUUGCGAGUUAUAAAAUUUGUAAGUAAUUGGCAUCGUCUACUUUUAUAAAGGUUAUGGGGAACAUGAAUCAUUUUGUUUA